GAAGGAGAGAGAGCGAGAGCCAUGACGUUUGGCUGUCUGGGAUCGCGUCACAGAAUCAGGGCAGUCUCGCGCGACUCACCGCCAGCGCAUGAUGCGAUAAGUAGGCUUGCUGCUCUUCACUUCUGCCGCUCCUUCACAACCCAUUCUUCACUGCAUAUUUUGUACCGAGCUCGUCGCCAGUCGCACUCGCCAGCUAUACAUAGGGCAGCGACGCGCCCGUUUCACAUUUUCAAACCAGAAGCGCCGUCCGCCAACCACGCAACAAGCGCGCUGUGAGAUACCCGCACCCCACGCACUGUCUUUCAACACCAGAGACAUAUAAGCCUUCUGUGGCAGUCUCGUCCACAGCUGUAUUCAUAGCAGCCUGCACACUUCAACCACCCAGAUUACCUCAGAAAUUACCGCCCAACAUGGCCGGCGUUGUCGCUAAGUACGCAAUGAAGAAAGCCUUGGGCAAGGAGAUGGAAAAGUACAAGUCCAAGGAUGUAUCUGGUCCAUACGAUCCAUAUUAUGCGCUGGUUCCAGAUCAGAGGAAGCCCCACAAGAUGAAGAAAGUCAAGAAGCAGAUCCCAGAUUAUCUUUCCGACAACGAUGCCAACGUCCUAGCCAAAGCCCGCAAGACCGCCUACAGGCUGGACUACGCCCUCUUCACCUUGUUUGGAAUCCGAUUUGGUUGGUCUUCCGUCAUUGGCCUUGUCCCCGCCGUGGGUGACGCCGCAGGUUCGGCCUUGGCUCUGAACCUCGUUCGCAACAUGAUGAAGGUCGACGGCGGUCUGCCAAUGACCGUCCUCAUCAUGAUGCUUUUCAACGUCGCCUUUGACUUCCUGAUCGGUCUUGUUCCCUUCCUUGGCGACCUUGCCGAUGCCGCAGUCAAAGCCAAUGGCAAAAACGUUCGUCUACUCGAAGAGCACUUGGACAAGCUCCACAAGCCAAAGUCACUUGUGGACAGAGAUUCCAAGCUACCGAGAGAAAGGCGGCCGCGUCCUGCCUCUGUCUAUGUCGACUUUGACGAUGAGAUUGAUGAGCGCCGCAACACUUUUGAGGACGAUCACGAUGACGUUCGUCAUCCUCAGCGUGCCUACGGUGGAGGCCGUAUCCAAGAUGAGGAGAUGGGCGGACGACAAGAUACUCACCGAUCCCACCGGGACGACAGGCCCAGCCGAAACAACACUAGGAGUAGCAGACGCUGAUGAGUUUCUUUGUGUACUUUUAUUGCGUCAUGUUCCGUUACUAGGCCGCUGUCUGCAUAUAAUGCAUUGCGUAUCCGGCGUUGGUGGUUUCUCGUACUCUCUUUAACACUAUACCCUAAGUACUGUUGACUGUACACAACAAUAU